AUGGACCAACAAGAACCAGCUUUAUUGCAAGAGCCACCGAGCAACCAGGCUUUACUGCAACAGCCACCAAGCAACCAGGCUUUACUGCGACAGCCACCAAGCAACCAGGCUUUACUGCGACAGCCACCAAGCAACCAGGCUUUACUGCAACAGCCACCAAGCAACCAAGCUUUACUGCGACAGCCACCAAGCAACCAGGCUUUACAGCCACCAAGCAACCAGGCUUUACUGCAACAGCCACCAAGCAACCAAGCUUUACUGCAACAGCCACCAACCACCGAGCAGCCAGACUUUACUGCGACAGCCACCGAGCAACCAGACUUUACUGCAAGAGCCACCGAGCAACCAGACUUUACUGCGACAGCCACCGAGCAGCCAGACUUUACUGCAACAGCCACCGAGCAGCCUGACUUUACUGCAACAGCCACCGAGCAACCUGACUUUACUGCAACAGCCACCGAGCAACCAGGUUUUACUGCAACAGCCACCGAGCAGCCUGACUUUACUGCAACAGCCACCGAGCAACCAGGUUUUACUGCAACAGCCACCGAGCAGCCAGACUUUACUGCAACAGCCACCGAGCAACCAGACUUUACUGCAACAGCCACCGAGCAGCCUGACUUUACUGCAACAGCCACCGAGCAACCUGACUUUACUGCAACAGCCACCGAGCAGCCAGACUUUACUGCAACAGCCACCAAGCAGCCUGGCUUUAUUGCAAGAGCCACCGAGCCACCUGACUUUACUGCAACAGCCACCAAGCAACCUGACUUUACUGCAACAGCCACCGAGCAACCUGACUUUACUGCAACAGCCACCGAGCAGCCUGACUUUACUGCAACAGCCACCAAGCAGCCUGGCUUUACUGCAACAGCCACCGAGCGACCUGGCUUUACUGCAACAGCCACCGAGCAACCAGGCUUUACUGCAAGAGCCACCGAGCGACCAGGCUUUACUGCAACAGCAUCCGAGCAACCAGGUUUUACUGCAACAGCCAUCGAGCAACCAGGCUUUACUGCAAUAGCCACUGAGCAACCAGGCUUUACUGCAACAGCAUCCGAGCAACAAGACUUUACUGCAACAGCCACCGAGCAACAAGACUUUACUGCGAGAGCCACCGAGCGACCAGGCUUUACUGCAACAGCCAUUGAGCAACCAGGCUUUACUGCAACAGCCAUUGAGCAACCAGGCUUUACUGCAACAGCCAUUGAGCAACCAGGCUUUAGUGCAACAGCCACCGAGCAACCAGGCUUUACUGCAACAGCAACCGAGCGACCUGGCUUUACUGCAACAGCAACCGAGCGCCCUGGCUUUACUGCAACAGCCACCGAGCAACCAGGCUUUGCUGCCAGAGCCACCAGGCUUUACUGCAACAGCCACCGAGCAACCUGGCCUUGUAGCAAACACAAGAAACAGGAUGGGUGA